AUGAAGCUCAGCACCUCGUUCGUCCUCCUCUCGGUCUUCGUCUCGACGGCCCUCUCGGCGCCGCUGGUUCAGCAGGUGGGCUCGGCGCUCGGCGCCGGCGGCACCUCUUCGCAGGUGCAGGACAACGACUACAGCCAGGUGCAGCCCGGCAACUCUGUCCAGAACGGCGGCGGCGCCUCGGCCUCCAACGAGGGAACGGCGGGUACCGUCAGCCAGUUUGCGCCUUCAAGCAGCGGCGGCUGGACGAAGAGGGACACUUUCCCCGUCCCCCACCACGUCGAGCAGAUCGGACUCGUUCACACCGAGGACGAGCUUCAGGCCAUCGCGAAGAGGCUCGUCGGUCCCUUGGCGGGCGCUACCAAGGGGCUCCCCGUUCCCCUCGCGGGCCGUGACAGCUCGCCGUCGCAGGGCGUUGCCAAGAGGCUCGUCGGUCCCUUGGCGGGCGCUACCAAGGGCCUCCCCGUUCCCCUGGCGGGCCGUGACAGCCCGCCGUCGCAAGAUGUUGCCAAGAGGCUCGUCGGUCCCGCGGGAAGUCUCACGGGCCUCGGUGCCGCCCGUUUCGCAGAACCCCAGAGCGUUUCCAAGAGGCUCGUCGGCUCUCAGGGCGGCAGCGCGCAGGGCUACGGCGGUUCCUCGACGGCGGUGCAGGACAACGACUACAGCGACGUCGCGCCGGGCAACUCGGUGCAGAACGGCGGUGGCGCGGCGGCCUCGAACGUCGGGACGGGUGGGAGCGUGGAGCAGUUCGGGCCGUCGAGCUUUGGGUACGGCAAGAGGGACGAGGUGCACCUGUCGCCCGAGGAGCACGAGCUGAUCGACGCCGUCAUCCGCGAGUACUUCCGCCGCGACCUCGACAGGCGCACGCGGUACCAGGGUGGCAGCGUCGAGGGACACGGUGGCUCCGCCCACACGGCCCAGGAUAACGAUGUCAGCCAAGUCGCCCCCGGUAACCAGGUCAGCGUCGGCGGGAGCCAGACGGCCGACCUGAGCGGAAUCGCCGGCGGUCUCCUCCAGCAGCAGUAG